UUGGUUUACGGUCCAUGCGCAAAUGCGUCCCUCCUUUGUUAUUCUAAGUGAGCUUUAUCAUAUACAAAAAUUGGUGCAGUUUUCUCACCGUUCAUGCAGGAAAAUGGACACAUUUGUUACUAGCUUUAAAGUUACAACUCAGUCAUGUUAAGCCAAUCGAAUAAUGAGUAUAGAAAAUCUAAAAACUUUGAACGUGAAGCAUUGAUCCCUACAUCUAAAAAUGGUUCUCGAGAGGAAUUGUCAGAAAUGGAAGAGAGCCCGUGGAAGAAAGUGACCGAAAACGUUGACAAGAACAAGAUUCCUUGUGCAAAAUGGAAAAAAACAACCAUUCUGGUUUGCCUUUCCUUGCAGUGGUUUUUAUCGUUGUGUUCCUUUUCAAUGAUUGCUCCAUUUUUCCCGCAAGAGGCUGAUUCUAAAGGUGUGAGUAUGACAACCUCAAGCCUGGUCUUCACCACCUUUGCUCUGGUAUCAGUUAUCUGUUCCCCAUUGAUUGGUGCUUUGAUAACAAUUGAUGGUCCAAAAACUGUUGCGCUUCUUGGAUUGCUAAUUGAAGGCUCAACACAGAUACUUUUUGGGUUUACAUACAAAAUUCAAAGGAAGGACCUCUUUUUGGCGGCAACUUUUGGAAUAAGGGCUUUAUCUGCUGUUGGAGGAUGUGCUUCCACUACUAGCGCACUAGCGAUGGUCGCAAAUACUUUUCAAAGCAACAUGUCACCUGCAGUUGGAGUUUUAGAGACCUUUGCUGGCUUUGGUUUAAUGGCUGGUCCCCCAAUUGGAGGAUUGUUAUAUCGUGCAGGUGGAUUUGAGCUUCCAUUUUUGGUUGUGGGCAGCAUUACUCUCCUUACCUUCUUUCCGUUUUACUUCAUUUUGCCAGCUAUGAAAAUUGAAAAAGACCCAAAAGACGGCAACAUGAAGCUCAUCCAAGCCAUGAAGAUUCCUGUGGUCUUUUUCAUGGGAAUAAUCACAAUUUGCACUGGGAUGGUCCUUUCUUUCUUGGACCCAAUUUUUCAACGACAUCUAAAUAACACGUUUCAUCUCGGUACUGUAAAAGUUGGAUUGGUAUUUCUGAUUUGGGGGGCUGCCUAUGCAAUUUCGGCACCUGCUCUUGGAACGCUAGCCGAGAAAACGGACACCAGGUAUGCUAUUUGUUCCGGUGCCAUAAUCUAUGGCUUAUCGUUUCCAUUGCUUGGCCCUCCACCAUUUAUAUCGGCAAUACCCAGUGCAUUGUGGCUAAAUUGCGUAGCUUUGGCAAUAGCAGGCCUCGGAUUGGCAUUGUACAUGGUUCCAGCACUAUCUGACAUGUACAAGUCUGCAACACGAUACGGAAUGUCGGCAGAUCUUUCUACGCAAAGUGCUUUGGCUUCAAUCUUCAACUCGGCAUUACACACUGGGAUGGCAAUAGGUGCAUCAUUGUCUGGAUUGCUGGUGCAACAUUUUAGUUUUGCCUGGGCAACAACGAUAUUUGGAAUCUUCCAGACAAUUGUUGGUUUAAUGGUAUUUGCAUUCACUUUCUGUGAGAGGAGAAGUGCAAGCUACUUAAGGACAAAGAUUAAAGACAAGCGGGAAAUAGAGAAACGCCCCAUCUGAAAUAAUUUCUGCUAAUGAUUAAGAUGUCUUUUAUUUUGUCUCUCUGUUUAGACAUUUUGCUUGUUUCUGUUGAUUUCGUGAAUGUUUAUUAGAAAAAGUGCUUGGAAAGAAAUUUUGUAAUUCUUCUACAACUCAAAACCUCUUUUGACAAUCCACAAAAACAUGAACAUUGCACAAUCUCAGAGCACAAUUUUGAAAAACCCUUGGUGAUUUGGAAUAUUUUCUUUUUUUCAAAAUAAUGGGAAAAGUAAUGAGAAAAUUAGUCCUGGGUAAUGACUUUAGAUAACUGCGAAAGAGCUGGAGGCAGAGAAAAUGAUUGCAUUGAUGGAAGAAAUGUCAAGUCAGGGGCGCGAGUUGGUGGCAACAGUAAAAAAAUAUGGAGGAAAAAGCAAGGCUACAAGCAAUUGCAAUUCAGGAAAUGUCAAGAACAUUGAGUAUGGUAUACGCAAGGGAAGAAAGGAAGAAACAAAAUAUACGUCCAAGUCCACGCCCCAGGAAAAAGAGACAACGAAGAAGAGACGAAUCAGAAGAAAGUGACAGUUUUUAAAAUCAUUUUCAGUAUUUUCCAGUAGCUUUAUGCAUUUUUCAUUAUCUAUUACAUUUAAAAUAUACUCUUUGUUUGUAGCUUUAUUCAUUUAUUCAUUGUCUAUUACAGUUUUGUUUAUAUACUGCUUCAAUGUUUCUCUAAAUUCUUCACCAUCAAAAGUGUUUGAGCAUUGCAAACCAGGAAUUGGCUGGUCUUCUGCUUCAUCAUCCUUCCAGACAGGGGCGGA